UAACAACAAAUUCGAGAUUAAUAUUAUUAACAGACGUUUUUGUUAUAUUUUCCAAUUGAAAUAAUAUUCAAUUCUUAUAUACUUAUUGAUUAUAUUAUAAUGAGUUAUUGCAUAAAAAUUAUAUUAUAAAAAAGAAGAACUAAUUGUCAAUUGUUAGGUUAUUAAUUGUGUGAAAAUGUCAAAAUUAUUUUUUAUUUUCGUCAUUAAGUAAAGUUUAUUUAUCGGAUAAAAUAAUGAAAAAUAACAUAUCCGCCCAUUUUGCCAAAUAAAUUUGAAAUUUAAGAUGGAUAUUAGUGAAAAAAAAUCGUUUUUUAAAUUAAACAGUGAUAUAUGUUGUGUUUGUUUACAACAAGAUAAUCUACAGGUUAUUAAGGAAAAUGAGUUUUUAUACGAAAUAUUCAUUAAGUUAAGUGGUAAACGAGUGAGAUUACGCAAUUUUACAUUUUGUAUAACAUGUAGUCGAAAACUGGAAUUGAUUUCGAAUUUUAUUUAUUCGUUUAAAAACCACUGUCAACUCGAAUUUUUCAAAAAAGAAUCUUGCUGCGAAUUUUGUUUUGAUUCAAAUACUAUGACUAAAUUUCCGCAACAUCUAUCAGACGUUUUUCAAAAGAUAACAGAUUUUCAGCCGAUAUUUAAUUGUUCUACAAACAUUUGUUAUAAGUGCCUUAACAUAUUAGAGGAAACCUCGACUUUUAUAGACAUAAUAAAAAACAAUGAACAAUCAAUGAAACAUGUAGUAACAAUAAAACAAGAAAUAAUAAAGGAAAAUCUGUGUGAUCAUGUCAAAUCAAACGAAGCUUUAAAAAUAGAAAUUAAGGAAGAAAUUAAUGAUGUAGAUGAUAUAUUUGAAGAGACUCCUGAAGUUAAGACUGAAUUUUUUGAUGAAACUGAAAGUACAGGGGAAGUUAUCGAAGAUGGCGAGUGUUCUGAAAAUGUCUUAAAAAUGGAGAUUGGAGAUGAAGGUCUCCAAUAUAAUUACGAAGAAAAUAUACCAAUUCAUUGUUCUGUUUGUAACAGAUCUUUUGAAACUACCGGCGGGUUAUUGAAUCAUUUGAAACGAAGGUUGAGGUGCAGAUAUCAAACGAAAUUUGUUGCCCAAUUUUGGAAAUGUUUUUUAAAAAAAGUCGCCAAGCCUUUUAAAUGCCAAGUGUGCCUUAAAUAUUUUUCUUCGAUAUAUCAAAAAGACAAACACACCGAAGCUCAUUUUGGUAAAGCUUGUGUAGCUUGUAUUUUCUGCGGUGAAUAUUUCAUCAAACAAAAAGAGUAUUUACAACAUUACAGAAACCAUUCGACCAAACAAUUCCCUAUAAAAUGUAAAAUUUGCCCUAGAAGGUUUCCCACCAAAACCGUCUACAUCAAACAUUUAAAAACCCACAAAGACAUUUCGAAAAAUCGAUACAGAUGCAAAAAAUGCGGCUCGACGCAUUCCAAAAAAUCUCUAUUGCUAAAACAUACGCAAAAAGAAAAAUUAAAUUGUGCCUAUUGUACGAAAACGUUUUGUAAAAAGAGCGACUUGACCAGCCACUUGCGGUCCCACACCGGCGAGAAGCCCUACCAAUGCGCGGUUUGCAGCUGGCGAUUCAGUUUUAAAGGAAAUUUGAUCAAACAUUGCACCAUACACACCGGUUAUAAAGCCCACACGUGCGAGAUUUGUCUGAAAAGCUUCUCUCGAGCAGAUUAUCUGAAAAGCCAUUACGUCGGUGUACAUAAAAAGGAAAUUGCUAUCCGGAAAAGGCGUCAAUACAAGAAAAAAAUUGUCGUUAAAUCGAGGUGUGUUUGUAAUAUUUGCGAUAAAGUGUGUCCUUCCAAAACGUCGUUGACAUCUCACAUGAGGGUGCACAAUAGGGAAGAUACGUUUAAAUGUACAGUUUGUGACAAAUCGUUUCGUUAUAAAGGUUUGCUGAACGGUCAUAUGAAAAUUCAUUUGAAUUAUCGCCCGUACGCUUGCGGUUUGUGUCCGAAGACGUUUAUAAAGCGAAACGAUCUCACUCGUCAUACCAAGACGCAUACCAAAGAGAAAAACUUCAAAUGCGAAAUUUGCGGCGAUAGAUUUUCAAGAAAAGACGUUCUCAGAUUGCAUUUGAGAGGACAUACGGGACAGAGGCCGUACGAAUGCGAAUAUUGUUUGAAAACGUUCAUACAAAAGAGUAAUAUGACUCAUCAUCUUAAAAAAUGCAGAUCGAUUUUUAAAAUCGAUUUUUCCGAUUGAUUUUUGUGUGUCGAAUGCGUCUGAACUAGUGAGUAAAUUUUCAUUUUUUUUUCGAUUAUAUGAUUUUUUCGAAAUAUAAAAAAUUUUCCCGGACUAUAAAAAUCGUGUCAGUUUUUAAAGAAAUUUUCUCGUACUAUAAAAAGUUUAUGUAUUAUGCGAUUUUAUAUCAAUUAUGAGACAACGACUGAAUUUUCAACGAAUUUUCUCGGACUAUAACAAAUUAAAAUCCUAAUUUUCUCUGACUAUAUUGAAUUUUAAACUUCAUAGAUCAUAAAAAUGGAUCUUAGGUAAUUGAAUAUAUUUUUCUGAUUCGUUUAAUUACUCUCCGCAACACUUUUAUAUAAUUUUGAGUCAACUAGCAUCAUUAUUUGUAUUUCUAACGAAUUUUCUCGGACUAUAACAAAUUAAAACCCUUCUAGAUCAUCAUGAGUGUGUAAAAAAUGAUCUUAAAUGAUUGAAAGUGUUGCUUGAAUCAUUUAUUGAUUGUCUCUAGCCCGACUUGGUAAUUUCAAGUAAAAGACUUUCAAAAUUUGAAUUUUCAAAGAAUUUUCUCUGACUAUAUUGAAUUUUAAACUUCAUAGAUCAUAAAAAUGGAUCUUAGGUAAUUGAAUAUAUUUUUCUGAUUCUUUUAAUUACUCUCCGCAGCACUUUUAUAUAAUUUCGAGUCAACUAGCAUCAUUAUUUGUAUUUCCAUCGAAUUUUCUCGGACUAUAACAAAUUAAAACCCUUCUAGAUUAUCAUGAGUGUGUAAAAAAUGAUCUUAAAUGAUUAAAAGUGUUGCUUGAAUCAUCUAAUGAGUGUCUCUAGCCCGAUUUGGUAAUUUCAAGUCAAAGACAUUAAAAAUUUGAAUUUUCUCUGGCUAUAACAAGUUUAAAAUAUGAUUGAUCUUGAUUACUUUCUGCAAAUAACUUUAUUAUGGUUUUUAAUUCUCGAAAUAUAUUGACAUGAUCAACAAUGUUUAGUAUGUCAAUUUUAGAUGGAAUUUUCUCGUACUAUAACAAAUUUUAAACAUUGUAGAUCAUUAGUAGCUUAUUGACAACAUUGGGUGAUUAAAAUGUUGAUAAAUUUGUUAAAUGACUUUCUAAUGACUUUAUUAUUUUAUUCUAUAGAAUUUAUCGAAAAUUACUGUGUAAAUUUAUUUAUUUUCAUUUAUAUUGAAAAGAUAAACGUUAUAUUAGUCUUAUUCUAAAAUAAAAACUUUUACAAAAUAUUUAAUAGAUAAAUUGUUGACAGAAAAAUGAUUUUCUUGUUAUUGGUACUAUGCCAAAUUUAAAAUGAAAAUUAUCAACUCACUUCGGUGAGGAUGAGUCUUUUUAUCAUUUUCAUCAUGUUAUUUUUUUACAAAAGCAAUUUUUUACUAAUUUGUUAACAAAGUGCAAAAAAUACUACUACGCAUUUAUAUUUUAAAGAUUUUAUUUAUAUUUAUUAUAUUUGGGGCAUAAUUAUCUUAGUUACAGUAUAUUGUGUAUAUUUAUAAAUACUUGCAACUUAAAACAAAACUAUAUACAGUAUGAUCUAAAAAAAUCACUAAUUUUUUGGUUAUUUCGUUAAAAUCCUAUAAUAUUUUAAUGAAUCAUUGAUAAAUUAUAUUUAAACGGAUAUUAAUGAGCAAUAAAUACAAAACGAAUAUCAUGUAUUAACAAACAUAUCAUUAGGAUUGAAAAAUCAACUAAAAACUGAUAUUAUAAUGACAAUAAACAAAGAUUAACUACAAUUACCAAUAUUUACAACUGGCAAUACAAUAUUUUGUUAUUUUCCAUAUUUCAGUUUUAAAAUUAAACUUAAUACAGUUUUUCCAGUGUAAUUAUUCGUAAUAACCCAUUAAAAACAUGGUUUUAUACUGAAUUAUGAAAACUUUUGGUUUCUAUUUACAUUCAAAACACUCCAGAUUAAAAACAAAUUUGAGAAAUCGAAGAUCUAUGCAAAUAACUACUAAAUUAUACAUACGGAUUUAUGCUCAAAAGACUAGAGAGUCUAAUGGCGUUUAUGUAAUUUUAAAAAAAGUUGCAGGUAUAUGAUUUGAAAUAUGAAUAUUUAAAUUAUAAAUAUAUAAAUUUAAAGUAGUAUUUACUUACGUUAGUUGUUGAUUUAUUCAUUUAUACUUUUAUUUUAUAUAAAGCACAAGUUUAAACUGGGUUUGAAUUAAUAUUAUCUCCAAAAUAAUUUUUAUGGGUAUAUUAGAUUUAUUAUAUCUUCUAUUCGUUAUUGUAAAUUCAAAUAUAUAUCAAUAUAUUAUUUUUAACGUA